GGGGGGGGGGGGGGGGGGGUGCGUGCGGGAGGUCAAUGAUGGACCGGACGACUGCACCCAAGCGUGGGUUUUACAACGCCUUUAUGCUGGAGGUUCCUUCUUUGCUGCCCGAGCACUGGAGGAUCGUAUGCGGACGCAAAGAUAACGUUGUGUGCUUGGAGAGACCGUGUGUAGAUGGGGAUUCCGGGUGAAGCUAAUAGGACGAGGAGGGACCAGAUAUGCCCUUUAUGGCAUGCCCCGAACCCCGUUCGAGGCAGCAUCUCCAAGAGCAGAAUUCGGCGCACAGCUCCCAAUGCAGCAACCAUGCCUUGAUUAGUCCUUGCGCGAGCAUAUGUUGCGAGGCAGAUCGGGCGUCUCACACACACACUCUCUCUCUCUCUGCAGGGUAUACAGCGGGGGUGGAGGGGUUGUUCCCAGGCGCCAAGGAGCAUGGCUUAGGGGGCGGGGAACCAGAAACAGAAACAAAAAUAAAGAAAGAAAGAAAGACAGAAGGAAAGAAACAGGGCAAGCAUGCGCAAGCAAGAGGGAACCGUGGGUCUCCCAUAAGGCGCUUCGGCAGCUGCGGCGACGCGGCCGCAUGUACAGAUUUGCCGUUCGUUGCACACACGGUCGUUUAGCGUCUAUUAUUAGCGCUUCCUCUAUAUCUUCUGUCCCGGAGCGCAGGGAACCACUUCCACUCCUACCAAACCCGGCCGCGUGGGGGACCAAUGAGUGGUGUCCGGGUUUCUCUAGUGCAAUCCAAAAAAUGCCCCCUCCUCUUCCUGGCGUGUUUUGUCUGUUGCCUGUGCCUCUCUGUUGGAUCGUAUACCGGUACGUACGUACAAGUUGCCCCCAAUCCUACCCAUCUCUUGUCUGCCUUGGGGGGCCGUGUGCACGCGCGUUAGAGGUUCGUGUUGUGGCUGUCGCCUCUCCUUUGGAGAAGACCAAGAUAAGGAAAAGAGGGCGCUCGGCGGUCGUGGACCUCGGCUUACAUGGAAGAGGAAGCGGAAGAGGAAGAGACGUGUCUAAGUGCAACUGUAACUGUAACUGUAACUAUAUCCUCAACCUCCCGACUUGGAAACCUGGGCUCGUCCAACUCCUCCUCCAUUAUUCCAUAUGUCGCCGCCUCCUGUCCGAGUCUCCGGGACAGUCCAUGUAUUUGUCUCAACUACCGUUGAUCUUAGCGCUCCAACCAUAUAAUUGGCUGCUCAUCGGCCACGCACCGCUUCUAUCCAGCCUCAAGACUGACGAUCGAACCAUCUCGCCGAGCCGAGACGAGAACUUCCAUCUCGCCCUUGUCCCACAAACACCGGCAGCACCAAGAAGCCCCCCCAACGCACCCAGGGUUCCUGGGAGGCGGAGCUGAGGCCCCCCCGCCCCCAAAUAGAUGCGGUGCGGCCCCCGGUGGGUGUUAGUGAGAUCCGCCGUGGCCGCGGCAUCCGUGAGCUGCAGAUGGGGAGGGUCGCAUCGGCGGUCGAUAACGAUGCACGCUCCAUGUUUCGAUAACGUUGGACGGUUGAGCCAGUCCUCGAUACAAGAGGACAAAAAAAG